CCAAAAGCUUUCUCUCUCUAAAAUCUCUCUCUCUAGAUAUCCGACGAAUCUCCGACGAUGCCGAGCCGAAACUCAGGAGUUAUGGUCCAGGACUGGGAGCCGGUGGUCCUCCAGAAGAAGCCCAAGUCCAGUGCCCUCCGCGACCCGAAGGCGGUGAACCAGGCGAUCCGGUCGGGCGCGCCGGUCCAGACCAUCAAGAAGUUCGACGCGGGAUCAAACAAGAAGACGGCACCAGUUGUCAGCGUGAAGAAGCUCGAGGAGGCGGCCGAGCCAGCGGCGCUGGACCGGGUCUCGACGGAGGUGCGACUGGCGAUACAGAAGGCGCGGCUGGAGAAGAAGAUGAGCCAGGCGGAACUUGCGAAGCGGAUCAACGAGCGGCCUCAGGUGGAGCAGGAGUACGAGAACGGGAAGGCGGUGCCGAACCAGGCGGUGCUGGCGAAGAUGGAGAGGGUUCUGGAAGUGAAGCUCAGGGGCAAAGUUGGGAAAUAGAAAGUGUCCUGUGUUGAAGGUUAAAACGACGGCGUAUUACUGUUGUUCCGUGUCAUGAAAGUAGUGGUGGUGUUGUCAGUUGUGUGGGUGCUUGUGUGGGUCUGUUUUUGUUGUGUGAUCAAAACUGUAAGGAUGUACAAAGAGGCAAAAGAUACGUAGUAGGCUAAACUCGCCAAUGGACUUCAUGAAAUUAAUAGAAUCUGAUGUUUUCGUUGGUUA